AUGGAGUCCCCCGCCCCGUACCCAGAGUCGCCGAUGGAGCAGGACGAUGUUCCAUUCCCUUGCAAGGGUUGUGGUGAGAUCUUGGAAGAGGGCAAGGCUUUUGAGCUAGCUGGUAACCGAUGGCAUAUCGACUGCUUUUGCUGCAGCUCCUGUGGCACCCUCCUCGACUCCGAUGCGCACCUUCUCCUCCUUGGAGAUGGAUCAUUGAUCUGUAGCAAUUGUACCUACAGCUGCAGUUCGUGUGGGAAUAAGAUUGAGGACUUGGCUAUCCUGACGGGCGAGCAAGCCUUCUGUGCUCAAUGCUUUCGUUGUCGCAAUUGUAAAAGGAAGAUCGAGAAUUUACGCUAUGCCAGGACGUCCCAGGGAAUAUUUUGUAUGGACUGUCACGAAUCCCUGAUGCAGCGGCGAAGAAAGAAGAAUCGCGGUAUUGCCUCGAAGAAGAAUGCAAGUCCCGGCAUGAAGUUGGACAAGUCUCUGCCCUCUCUGCCUCCCGAUGAGGCAGAGAUGAUGCAGGCUGCAGAUGAUCCUUCUAUAGACUUUGCGGAUGUGGCAACAGACCUGGUUUCUCGAAGAGCAGCGCCUGCGCUGGACGUGGGAAGAUCUCAAGGAACUCGUCAGGCUGCAGAUAAUCAAGAUAAUUUGAUUCUACCCUCGAGCACUUAUCGUAGUAAUCGGCAAUCGGUCGUUCCUACUGAAUCCGAUGCAGAUGGCGGUGAAUUUCUCAUCCCUCUUGCGUUUGACCCAUCUGAGGAACCACGAUCCGCUCGCGAUCAGUCGACCAGCCACGCUAAGUCCCCUGUGUCGGGCCAGAAGUCCCCCGAGAGCCUUCCGCCCGAGAGUCAAUCCCCUCACAUUGCCUACCAAGAGAAAGGCCGGGAGCGCCCAGAUCCCGAGUCCACUCGUUGGCGUCAAGAGGACGCUGCCAACGGUGCGUCUGGAAAUAGAACUGCAAGGUCAAACUCGGUUCGGAGCUCGAGAUCCGACCUGCCUGUGGGUUAUAAGGAAACGAGCUCUUGCUCGUCUGCUGCUACUGAUAGUACUAAAUCGUCAGCCACUGUGAGAUCAACGGCUGCGGAGAGUACAGCCACCCUACCCACUCGUCCGUCUCAUGAGUUACGUCGACUGCACGAGAAUAGCGGAUCUCUGGACUCGUCUCCAGCAUUCACAGGAGUCCCCGCUCACCCCAAACGAGGCGACUCUCUGGAGAGCAAACAUCAUCAAUUCCCUCGAAAAGAGUUUAGGCAAUCUCCUCGCGGCGACUCGAUAAGUUCCACUGACCAGUGGAGUGAACGAUCUGGGGAUACAAUGACCAAAAGCACAUCUCGAAGUGGAGAGUCUCCCCGGAGUCAGCGCAACGACUCUUACGAACAAACGAAGCCCCGGGCGCGCCCUAAUUCUAUAAGCACCCCUCAGCAUUCAGACAUGUAUCGAUCUAUGGAUCAUCCGGUGUCUUCCUCUCCCUUGCGGUAUGGUGGUGGUGGUGGUGGUGACUUUUCGAUGGACGAAGAUAUGGCACGAAUUAUGGGCUCUGACGAUGCUGCCCCUUCACAGUCAAGUGAGUCGUUCUUACGCCGUGUAUCCAACUCAGUGCGUCAUGGAAGGAGCUUUAGCGAUAAAGGCUCUCGGUUGUUAAAGGACCCCAAGUGGCCCAAAUCGCCUGUUAACGGAUCUUCACCAAUGGCCAACAUUGCUAAUGCCCCAGUCGGUUCUCCAGAACAGGUAGCCGACGAAAUCAUCUGGCUUCGGAGCGAGUUACGCAAAGAGCGCCAACGAGUAUUUGAACGAGACCGGAAGAUUGUAGAAAUGGAGGCCGUUUUGAAGGCGACUGCUGAUGUGAAGCAAGUCAACACAGAACUAAACGAGAAGCGUUCAACUAUGGUAGUGUUGGAUGCUCAGAAAGAGAUUGUCAUGCGGGAGCUUUCGGUACUUACUGAACACCUCGAAUCUGAAAAGAGGGGUGGCAGCAGCGGUCCUUUGGAUCUCAGCAAACUCACCAACAAGGUCUUGAGGGACUUCGUCGAGUCUAUUCAGAAGCUAAAGGAGUCCUUCGCCCCACAAAUCGAAGAACUUGUCCAAAAACGCAACGAGACAACCGAAGAAUUAUCCAACCUGACGCGUAUGAAGGAUAAGAGCUUCCAGGAAUUCGAGCAGCUUUCGUCGAAGAAUGCGCAGCUGGCGGAAUUGAAUAACCAACUAGUACAUCAAAUCCAGGAGCUCUACAAGGCAAAUAUUACAGAUGGAAACCGCGGUCCGAACGGCCUCGGCAUUUACUCACAUGGAAAGGAGAAGUCUCUGUCCUCUAUCGAGGCUUUGAAGGCAGCAAGUAACGACCUGGCAACCUCGAUCUCGACAGCUAAUAUGUCUGAAGAGGCCGAGCCUGCUACAGUGGUCCCUGGUCCUCAGGUUGUUAACAUCCGCAAAGGACAGCCUCGCAAGUUCAACUGGAAGAAGGGAGGACAAAACGUGGCGAAGGGUGUUACGAAAGGUCUCAAGGGUGCUUUCAUGUCGAGUGAAAACGCUAGUACAACGGAGAGUUCCACUAGUCUCCCACGUUCCCAGACUCAAGACCCUAGUCGACAAGGCUUUGGGUUCUUUGGCAACCAGAGAAAUAAGCAAGCUGGAACCAGAAUGCCACAGACUGACAGUGUUCCAGCUCUUGCUGAUACGGCACCAACAGGAUUAUUCGGAACUGAUUUGGAACAACGUAUGGAGCAUGAGAAAAGUAUCAUUCCGGCGAUUGUUACUCGUUGUAUUCAGGAAGUUGAGCUACGAGGCAUGGAUAUGGAGGGAAUCUACCGUAAAUCAGGCGCAAGCUCAGCGAUCCAAACUAUUCGCGAAGGCUUUGAACGAUCCCCUCAAGAUUAUGAUAUUUCGGAUCCGGAUUUGGAUAUCCACGCGGUGACCUCCGCGCUGAAGCAGUAUUUCCGCAAGCUGCCCAUGCCCCUGAUUACUUACGACGUUUACGAGAAGAUUAUUGAAACCGGCGAGAUCACUUCGCAGUCUGCGCGAAUCGAUGCGUUGCAGAAGAGCCUUGGGGAGUUGCCCCGUGCUCACCAAGACGUGCUGGAAUUUCUCGUGUUCCACUUGAAGCGUGUGGUUGAACGUGAGAAGGAGAACCUUAUGACUAGCCAGAACAUUGCUGUUGUCUUUGCGCCCACCAUCAUGCGGCCGGAGAGUCUCGCACGGGAAAUGACGGAUGUGCAGAAAAAGAAUGAGGUCCUUAAAUUCUUAGUGGACAACUGCCAAGAGGUGUUUAUGGGCAUGCAGAAUCAGAACUAA